ACACACACACACACACACACGGGCGCUUGGCAAAGACAGGGACAUACAUGCACACCAUCCACUUUUUGCAAACACGCAGGCUGCGCAUCCGAGCGGGCAGUAAUUGGGCAGCGGAGAUCCACAGCAGAUGAGGGCAUUGCAUGUCCAGCCUGCCCAGGAAUCACUGUGACCCCGACGGGAAAGGAGUUCGACUUGACAGGAUGGGGGGAGUAAGUGAAGGAGAUGAUGUGUUGGCUCGAUGGAGUGAUGGACUACUGUACCUCGGCAAUGUGAAAAGAGUAGAUGGAGUCAAGCAAUGUUGUCUGGUGAGAUUUGAGGACAACUCGGAGUUCUGGGUGCUGAGGAAGGACAUUCACUCGUUCGCUGCUGGAGAGGAAGAAGUUUGCUGUAUUUGCGACGCUCCGCCUCUUAAAGAACCCCUCAUAAAUUGUCUUAAAUGUCGCCACGGUUAUCAUCCAGAGUGCCACACGCCAGCCAUCGAACCGGAAGCUGACAGCGAUUCGUGGAUAUGUCGGCAAUGUGUUUUUGCAGUCGCAACCAAGAGAGGCGGGGCGCUCAAGCGGGGACGCUUCGCCCGGCUCAUGCAAUUCAUGAAACUCCGGCUUCCCUACCAGCUGUCGUCUUUGGACUGGGACCCGCAGCAUCUGACCAAUCAGCAGCAGUGCUACUGCUACUGCGCCGGACCUGGAGAGUGGAACCUGAAGAUGUUGCAGUGUGGAAGCUGUGGUCAGUGGUUCCACGAGGCCUGCACACAGUGUCUAAUUAAGCCACUGCUGUAUGGAGACAGGUUUUAUCAGUUCCAGUGCUCAGUGUGUACAAAGGGACCCGAGACCAUCCAAAGACUACCCAUGACCUGGAUGGAUUUGGCUCAUUUAGUGCUCUACCAUCUCUCGCUGUGCUGCAAGAGGAAAUACUUUGAUUUUGACCAUGAAAUCCUGUCCUUCACCAAUGAGAAUUGGGACUCGUUGCUCCUGGGCGCGCUCUCUGACACGCCGAGGCAAGACCGCUGUCACAAUCUCCUCAACGCUCUGAACUCCCACAAGGACAGGUUCGUCUCUGGAAAGGAGAUCAAGAAGAAGAAGUGUCUUUUUGGGCUCCAGGUCCGAGCCCCACCUCCGCUGACGUCCGAUUCGUCGCCCCUCAUCACCGACCAGCCUAUCAACAUCACGCACCGGAGAAGGUCAGUCCCGUUGUCACUACCCUGCCAGAGGAGAGUGGGGGGGCCAGAGUCGCGUAAAUCAAAGCGUCGCAUCAUGGAGACACAGGCUUGUCCACCCCCAGUUGCUGCCAACCCCAUUGAGCUGCUGCCAUGUUGCCAUGGCUAUAUGGAAGGGGCCAGCCUCUACAACUCCAGGAAGUCAGAGGAGGAGCUUAGUUCGAGCUCUCCUCCCAAGCGGAUGUACGCUCUGUACCACAGCACGUACAACGGAAACACUGCUCUCUCCAGGGGUCUCCAUCACUACAACAGCGCGGAGGACACCUGCAGAGUACCACCACCUUGCUUCCCAUACCCUCUCAACUCUAACGGCAACCAUCACCAUCACCACCACCACCACUCCCACCCGCACCAUCACACCCACCAAAACAACCACCAACACCAGCCGGGGCAGAAGCAGCUGGAGCCCCUCAUCCUACGUGACAUGCCCCCAUACCAGGCCGGUAUGGGCGUAGGGGGCGGCGUAGGAGGAGGAGGCGGAGGAGGAGGAGGAGGAGGAGGAGGAGAAGGAGGUGGCGGUGGAGGAGGUGUGGUGGUAGUCGGAGGGGGGGAUGGGACAGUGGCCAGGAGCUGGGGAGGAGGCGAGGCGGUGAGGAUCUUGGCGAGGCGCGUCACACCAGACGGGAAGGUGCAGUACCUUGUGGAGUGGGAGAACGUGAAUUUGUACUGACACGAAGGGAGUAAACAUGAGACGCCAUGACUGUCUUGCAAGUUGCCACAGGAACACUGUGUAUGUAAAACGUGGCAGUGUUUAAAGUACAAACAAAACAAAAAAGAAAAAAAAAAUCUCUACACGUUGCAAAUCCAGGUUGCUCUCAUAGAAUCACCAUAUUCUACAUCAUUAUAACUCACUACUCGUUACUAAAUGUCCCUCUUUGCUAGUGUUUCUCUGAUAUUUGUACUGUUAACUUUGGAAUAUGCCUUUGCAUUUAUCAUGUUUAACAGUGAUGAGGAUGAAGAUAUUUAAACCUCCUGAUGAUUUGUAAAUCCUUUCGUAAUCGAGAGGAGCAUGUCUUUAAUUGUAGUCACAUCUUGAUAUAAAACACUAGAUAGACAACACUAGGAGAUAAGCUACAGUACAGUACAAGAAAUUUAGAAAAGAAAGAUUACUGCUUUUUCCUUGCUUGAGUAAUAUCGCAAACUUCCACCAGACAACAUGCUGCCAUGGGUUAGUUCGAAGUUUGAUGAAACACACUUAUUGGCUUUCAGGCCGAGAGUUCGAUGAGCAGAUUGACACCACUCUCGUGUCUGUGUAGUUAUUAUGAAGAUAUAGCCAGGAAACGGUUAUUGAUCCUCAUAUCCGACUUGCAGCAAGAGAGUGAAUAAGCAUAUUUCCCAAAAAAAUAUUUUAGAAACACAAUACAAGAAGUCAAAUUAAAAAAAAAAUGAACAACUCAAUGUGGCUUGUUGCACAAAACAUAUCUGAAUAAAAAGGUCAAGGUUAAAAACUAGCUACAUUUUGUGAAAAGGCGCUUUUCCAGUGUUAAAAUUACUGUAUUUGAAUGUGUAGUUAGACCAAACCUGGAACUGAAGUAUAGUCAUUUAAAGGAACAGUGUGUAGAAUUUCAGGAGAUCUAUUUGCAGAAAUGGAGCUCACGUUUUUGCCUGCGCCACCAUAGUUCUCCUAACACACUUGGCACAGAGUAGAAGUUUCAAUUGGUUGCAAUAUGCAACCUCGCCACUAGAUGGCGCCAAAUACCAGACACUGCACCUUUAAAUGCCGAGAAAAACAAGAAUUAUCUGUAGCCUGGCGGUCAAAAAUGAUUAACUUUUCAAACCAAAUUUAGUUUAAAUAUCCAGACGUCUGAAUAAACUGACUCAAAUCACCAAAUCACUGCUUAGUAGGUACUUUAAAUAAGGAGAAAGUUUAAGAUGUAACCCCUUUGUUCUCUUUGAAGGUAACAAAAAUAACUUCCCCCAGCAUUUGACAUGGAUAUCCAAAAAAUGAGCAAGCUUAACAGCCAGUAACCAACGCACUUCCAUCAGCCGUCACUGUUGUAAUUGCUCAUUCAUCAACUGAUAAUGUUAAUGUUCACGUGUUCAGUGAGAAAAAUGAGCCCAGGAAAUAAACAGUGAUGAAUGGUGCGUCUUCAUCAGUGAGAGGCGUGAUGACAGCUGGCUGAUGGCUGCUGGCUGCUCAUGAAAAAAAGCAGUAACCUUUUAUUGGCCACAAUGAAGCGGAGCAGUACAGCCAGUCUUGUACAGUAUUGUAGUUUUAACGCCUUGCUGAAGGGAACUGUGACAGUAGUGGUUGAGCCCUGUCAUCAGACUUCAUAAAAAACUAAUUCUCCGGAGGUUUUCAUAUUAUUUUUCCUCAUAUGUUAAUAAGAGAUUGUAUACAUGUUAUUAUGGGGUUACUUAUUUGUUAUGUUAGAUUUUGUCAUACAUAAUUUACAUUUAGACGACUGUAUUAGAAAUAGGAGCCACAAGAGGGCUUUUGUUUUAUAGAUAGAAUUAUAUAUUCACAAUAUAUUGCUAUGAUCGAAUAACUUUACUUUAUUUUUUUGACGUGGUUGAAUAGUGCCUAUAUGGGUUGCGUACCUGCCGGUUGGUCUGCCGACCCGAGUCGACCAAUCAGACGACGGAGAGAUGAGCGAGGCCGUAUUGCUACUCGACAAGAGGAUGGCUCUUUAUCAGUUAACAGAUACAACCACAUGGGUAACAAGGACCAGUUAUGAUGUUGAGUUGUUAUCGGAACAGGACUGUGAUGUUACUGUACAUUCCAAACAAAAAAAGAAAUAUAUACAUGUUCUUGAAAUGUCUGUUUGAAGUCAUCGGAAUGGAAAUUACUUUGAAAGAAUGAGUUUCUUUUCUCUUUGCUUUGUUUUUGAUGGGUGUCACAUGUCAUGAAGAUCAAGUAAAGGUCCAGUUCAGGUUCAGGUUCACGUCGUAGGGAGUUCAAUCCUUGCGUUCAAAGUAACAGUACAGGUAAAGAAGACACUGAUAGGCCCGACUCCCUAACUCAAACCCAUAGUUUCUUCCAGGGUCUAACAGUCUAUAAUUUAGAAAAUGCAACAUGGCAUCAAGUAGAAAAUUCAUAAGGCAAGUGAGCUGCUGGAGUUGGAUUUUAUCUUCGUGCAAACAGGUCACAUAAAUCUAGAAAACUGUGGUGCAAGUUUCAGAGUUUAUAUUUUAUACAGAGGUUUAUUUCAGCAAUCUGUGCGAUAAAACUCAACACAAACGUAUACAUUCAUCAGUUUUAUCUUUCAGGAAAGACUGCAUUACAGUUCAAGUUGACAAAAGCAAAGGACAAAUACAGCAUUUAUACUGUUAUAAUCGAACCGAUGCAAUUCUCUCAGAUUUGAUUUCAAAGCCGACCUCUGUUGAAUUAUCUCCUGCUUACAUUUUCAGUGAACUUAUGUUGAUUGCAGUUGUCAUCCUCCUCAGUGACUAUUUGACUGUAGUUGAUUAGGGAAGGGGUGUGUUGAACCUUUCUAGGCGAUGGUGAUGAAUGUAUUUGUGUGUUUUCUAUGGUAUGUCUAUACCCGUUAAGUGCUUGUUAUAGGUCGUACUCGAGGUGGAACUCAACCCGAUUCGUUUUAAAACAUAACAAAAAAAGGAGGAAAUGAAGACAUCAACAUUGAGGAACAUCGUUUAUUUUGGGAGAUAUAGUCUUCUUUUUUUUCUGAUAAGUAGUCAAGUCCACGUUCAGUUUGAUGUAUUUUGGGAGAAAUUACGUUUGUACAUGUAUACUCUGCGUUGACACCUAAUAUGUAACAUGAAUAAUAAAAAGAAAACGUUUCACCUCA